ACUUUUAUUUAGGAUGUCCUGAGUCCUGAGUUGAGGAAUGAGGUUAUAAAAUGAUUUUAGACCAAGCAAGUUUAGUUUUGUAUCGGCUGAAUAAUAAUAUUUUUUAUUCUGAUUAAUAAUAUUUUAAUUCUGAUAUCUCGUCCAGCAACUUAAUUAUAUUGCAAUUAUUGCAAUUGAAUCACAAACAGCAGUUUGACUGAAAAAGAAAAGGCAAAGAAUAGUUUUAUCCCAUCAUGAAUCCAGUAUUGAGGGUUUUUUACAUUUUUUACUUGCUCAUAAAUCAAACCCUGGACCCUGGUAAUCGCCUAUUCUACAGUUGGCUACUAUGUUUGGUUUAACCAGUAAACUCGUUCUUUACAUAUGAAGUCUGAGACAAUUGUCAUGGAUGAAGACAUAAUCAAAGAAGAGAUUGAUAUCGACUACAGCAUGUCCUGUAUUCGCAAGCAGGAAGUUUUGGUUGACGAACAGGUCUUAUCUAACCCUAGCUGUUCACUGACUGUUAAAGAGGAGGAAACAUUUUCAACUGAAGAAGGUACAAGAGAAGGAGAUGAACUAGAAAAGGAAAGGACAGUAAUCAAAGAGACAACCUUGCCCGUUGCUUAUGUCAGACUGGUCCGUUUGGAAGUACUGGAUAGUAAUGCAAGAAGACAAUACCAGAACCAGAGCUCAGAUCAUGAAUUCGUGUCUCCAUCAGCUGGUAGUUGUGGUGAUUCCUCUGAAGAAGAAAAAAUAAAAGAAAACAGUGAAUCACAAGAUGGAAACAAUGAAAUAGUAGAAACACAACCUAAUCAAAAUCGAGAUGACAUAGAUCAGGGAGAUAGAAAUGCAACACUCAAAACGAUAGUUACAAAGCCUCAUCAGUGUUCAUUCUGUGCAAAAAGUUUCUCUCGAGCUAGAUAUCUGAAUGACCACAUGCGAACUCACACCAAAGAGAAACCUUACAAGUGUGUAGUCUGUGAGAAAUGUUUCUCUCUAUCUAGUACUUUGAAUGUCCACAUGCGAACUCACACCAAAGAGAAACCUUACAAGUGUACAGUCUGUAAGAAAUGUUUCUCUGUUUCAUAUAGAUUGAAAGUCCACAUGCGAACUCAUACCAAAGAGAAACCUUACAAGUGUACAGUCUGUAAGAAAUAUUUCUCUGUUUCAUAUAGUUUGAAUGUCCACAUGCAUACUCACACCAAAGAGAAGCCUUACCCAUGUACAGUCUGUACAAAAAGUUUCUCUCUAUCUAGAAUCUUGAAUAUCCACAUGCGAACUCACACCAAAGAGAAGCCUUAUCAGUGUACAGUUUGUACAAAAAGUUUCUCUGUAUCUAGUAACUUGAAUGUCCACAUGCGAACUCACACCAAAGAAAAGCCUUACCAGUGUACUGUCUGUAAAAAAAGUUUCUCUGUAUCUCAUGAAUUGAAUGUCCACAUGCGAACUCAUACUAAAGAGAAGCCUUACCAGUGUUCAGUCUGUGCUAGGAGCUUCUCUCAGUCCACUCAUUUGAUAGUCCACAUGCGUACUCACACCAAAGAGAAACCUUACGAGUGUUCAGUCUGCACAAAACACUUCUCGCAGAGUAGUCAUUUGAAAGUACACAUGCAUACUCACACCAAUGAGAAGCCUUACCAGUGUUCAGUAUGUACAAAAAGUUUCUCUCUAUCUGGUCAUUUGGUUCUUCACAUGCGUACGCACACCAAAGAGAAGCCUUACCAGUGUACAGUCUGUACAAAAAGUUUCUCUCAAUCUAGUUCUUUGAAUGGUCAUAUGCGUAGUCACACCAAAGAAAAGCCUUACCAGUGUAAUGUCUGUAAAAAAUGUUUCUCUCUAUCCCAUGAAUUGAAUAUCCACAUUCGCACUCACACCAAAGAGAAGCCUUACCAGUGUUCAGUCUGUACUAAGAGCUUCUCUCAGUCUACUCAUUUGAUAGUCCACAUGCGUACUGCUCACACCAAAGAGAAACCUUACCAAUGUUCAAUCUGUACCAAACGUUUUCCCACAUCUAGUAAUUUAAAUAUCCACAUGCAUUCUCACACCAAAGAGAAAUCUUUCAAGUGUGCAGUCUGUAAGAAACGUUUCUCUAUUCCAAGUACUUUGAACGAUCACAUGUGUACUCACAGCAAAGGGAAGCCAUAGCGUUUUACAGGCUGUACAAAGAGUUUCUCUCGGUGAGAUCAUUUGCAUGUCCACUUGCUUACUCACAGCAAAAAGAAGAAGAAGUCUUACAAGUCUUAAAAAAAAGAAGUCUUACAAGUGUACAGUUUGUACGAAGAGCUUUACUGUGUCUUGUAAUUUGAAUCUCCAUUUGUUCAUACACUAUACCAUUUUAAAUCUUGCACUUUCAUUAGCCUGAUUCCUUUCCUGCCUGACAAUACUUUUUGGAGGUUGAUAUGUUGAGAACUGUCAAUACAACAGAGAAUUUUAAAAUAAAAGUAAAAAAAUGUUCACUUCAAUUCCUUUGCCAACUAUCACAACGGCUCGAUCAUCCCUUUGCAGGCCAACCUUGAAAAACGUUUUCUUUCAUGUGCAGCUUCGUGAAGGUGGAGAGUAGUGAUUUGAAGGUGGUAGGAGAGGGGGAAUGCGCAGGAUGACCCCAUUCAGAGCAAUUGCUUUGUGGUGAAGGCCAUGUUGGUCUGACUGACUUCCUUUGUCAGCACACCUCUGCAUAUUUUUCCAGGGUCUCACAGUAUACAGGUGUCCCACAAAAGGUGUAACAGCCAAAGACCAUAGAUUCUACAUGACAUUUGCAAUAAAAAAAUACCAGAAACAUUUCUAUGACCUUAAUUUUCGAAAUAUUUUGAUAUUUUUGAAAACGUCAAUAACUAGAUAACUAUCAGUCAAAAUCUAAUUCUAAGGAUGUGGUUGGAAAGAGGAUGAUAAGAUAAUCCUAUAAGAUUCAUAUAAUUUAUCCCUUUGACGUCUUUGAACUUUUCAUGGGUUCAACUCAAAGUUGAAAAAUUGCAUUCAUUGAGCUCAAAGCCAGAUUACAACAGUUAGAACGCUCAUAAAAAGUUCAAAAAAGGAACAAAUUAUACGAAUCUUAAAGGUUGAUAUAAGAAUAUAUUUUGUUGCAAAUUCUAUGUAAAAUCCAUGGUCUUUUGGGUGUUUCCUUUGGUGAGAUAUUUUGUAUAUUGCAGGGUGAUGGUAUCCCAUUGAGCAAGAUAUCCAAUUUAAAUUAUUCUUCAAUGGUCCCUAAACAUCACCAUGAUUUUCUCUAUGAAAAUAUGGUUUCUAACUUGAUAGUAGAGGGUGAAGAGGUGUGUCACCGCUGCCUUCCUGGUUCAGGUUCUAUGCGCACAGCUCAACUCAACAUCACCACAGCAGCAGUUAAUACCUUAUUGUAAACCUCAACUGGAGGAACGUAAAAACAGAUGACACCACAAAUUUCUCAAUUGGGAGAUUUUUUACAUAUUGCAAAAUACACUAUUGCAUCAACAGUAGUUCUUGAUGUAUUUAACCUCUAACCAUUCUUGUUAUGAGGGGGAAAAUUUAUCUUCAUGUAUGCGUAGCUAUAACUUCAAAAAUAAAAGUCCUUCGGCCGUGAAAUCCUUAGUACACUUAUUUUAUGAGCCUGCCUUGUAGAGCAAGUGUUACUAAUAUGAAUGCUAUGUUGGAAAAAGUUUACUGGAAAUCUACUUUUGAUGAUACUUUUCUUAUUCUUUUUAUGGACCCUUGUCUAUUAAUAGGUUCCUUGCUUUUUUCCAUUCCCAUGUAUUGAAUGAAAACCCUCGAUAUUUCCGUCAUCAUCCUUAAGAAAAUAAUUCAUAUUUUAUAAUGCUGUAUUGAAUAUAUUUAUUGUUUGUAUAUACAAAAAAUGAUACAGAACAAUGUUGAUGUAGAAUGAUAAUGAAUAAUAUUAGUGGUU